AUGGCGGACUACCUCUUCAUCGGUCGUGACAUAGAACUUCAGCAGAUGGAGGGGAUUCUCACUCCUGGUUCGAAUUCUUCUCACCGGAGAGUACUCGUGUUAGGGGGGAUGGGUGGAAUUGGCAAGACCCAAUUGUCCAUUGCCUACGCCAAACGACAUGGGGAUACGUACUCAUCGAUCUUCUGGCUCAACGCAACUUCCGAAGUCACUUUGAAGGGCAGUUUCCGAAAUGUCGCGCAUCGAAUUUUGGCUCUGGAGACUGUGGACCAAUUGGACGAUGAUCGUAUCUGGAUCGGAGUGUCUAACUGGUUAUCCGAGGUUGAGAAUUCUCGCUGGCUCCUGAUCUACGACAACUACGACGACACAGAGGAAUUCAACAUCACGAAAUACUACCCCUCGGUAGCGCAUGGAUCGAUCAUCGUCACGACACGGGUCCCCAGCAGAGUCAACGGGAGCAAGGUCAACCUGCAAUCGCUGGGUAAGGAAGAGGACGGCUUACGGAUUCUAUCUAUUCGAUCCGGGCGGAAAGGUAUCGAGUCAGAUGUCGACGCUCGCGAGUUAGCACGACGACUAGACGGCCACCCGUUAGCUUUGGCAUCGGCGGGUGCCUAUCUGAAGGAAUCAUCUUUCACCUUCUUGAAAUAUCUACGGCAAUAUGAAGCUCAGUGGGAGGCGGUCGCUUCGAUGGAAGAACUGGCGGACUACCCUAUGCGGACACUCCACACCACAUGGAACGUUUCUUUCACCCGAAUCAAGCAGGAGGAUGACCUUGCAGCACACUUGUUAAGGUUUCUGGCCUAUCUCGACCACCGCGAUAUCUGGUACGAUCUUUUUCGUGGGUAUCAAUGCAUUAGAGGUGUCAGAGACAACGGAGGUAUCUCAGUUAUAAAAGGUACUAGAAGAGUCUUGAGCAUCAGAAGCACUAAAAAUAUCAAUACCUCCGCGUGGUUCACUCAUUUAACCCAAACUGAAGCCUCGUUUGAGAGAGCAAUGAGAACGCUGGUCAGGUACGGUCUUGUCGAGGCCCGUUAUCAAGCUAGAUCGUACAGCGUUCACGUAUGCGUUCACGACUGGGUCUUCAACCAUUUGAACCGUGAAAUUGAUGCGGACCAAUACUGGCUGGCGUUUGACUCGCACAUGCAUGCCGACUCGUACACGGUCGUUUUCGAGGAGCCGCCGAAGGGCAAAGUUCAGCCACUUGCCCAUCUCGCGGAGCUACUUCGUCAGCAACUGCUGUAUAAGGAGGCGGAGCAGAUGUAUCAACGGGCGCUGGCCGGGCGGGAGAAGGUGCGGGGACUGGACCACCCGUCGACCCUCACCACUGUCUGCUGUCUCGGGAAUCUACAUCGUGACCAAGGCAAGCUGGCCGAGGCGGGGGAGAUGUAUCAACGAGCGCUAGCCGGGCAGGAGAAGGUGCUAGGACUGGACCACACGUCGACUCUUCUUACUGUUAUCGGCUUCGGGAGCCUCUUCUGUUACCAAGGAAUGCUAGAUGAAGCAGAGCGGAUGUAUCAACGGGCGCUCUCUAGGAUGGAGAAUGUUUUGGGAAGUAAGCAUCCGUUCACGAUUGGCACGAUGAAUAAUCUGGGAAACCUAUACUGUGAAAACCACCAAUUGGACAGAGCUAAGCAAAUGUAUCAGCAGGCUCUAUUGGGAAUGGAGGAGCUGCUAGGAUCCGACCACUUUUUUGUCCUCGGGGUCGUCAACAAUCUUGGUGUUCUAUUUUCCGAGUGUGGCCAGCUGGAGAAAUCUGAGCAGAUGUACCAGCGAGCGCUAGAUGGUCUACAGGCCCGUUUGGGUUCAGAUCACCCCACUACUGGCAUGGUAAUCAACAAUCUAAAGCUAUUGCAAGAAGAGGAUGGAAAGGACCAGACCACGCAUAUCAGCCGAGGAACAGUUUCCCUUCCCAGAAGGCGAUGGUACUAUUGA